UUUAUUAUUUCCAUUCUAGCUCAGCCUAGCCUCUGCUCUAGGUCAGAUCACACAAGGCACCAACCUGCUGCCUUUGUUCUCUCCCUAGGAAUCCCCGAAGGGGUGAAAGAUCUCCCCCCUGGAGUGGCCCUCCCCCUGGAAUCCAACCUGGCCUUCAUGAACGGCAUCAGCUUCACCAAGGGCUGCUACAUCGGGCAGGAGCUGACGGCCAGGACGCACCACAUGGGCGUGAUCCGCAAGCGCCUGCUGCCCGUCAGCUUCCCGGGGCCCCUUCCCCGUGCCGGCAUUCCUGAGGGUGCCGAGAUCCUCACCCAGGCAGGGAAACGUGCUGGGAAGUUCCGUGCUGGAGGAGGAGAGCUGGGCAUAGCCCUGCUGAGGCUGGCUCACCUCCACGAGCCGCUCUGCGUCCCCCUGGCAGGGGACAGGGUGGAGCUCAGAGCCACCACGCCCGAGUGGUGGCCGAAAGGUGCUGCUAAGUAGGUGAGGGAGCAGUUUAGGGAGAGGUUGGGUUGGGGAUUUGGGAAUGCUGCUGUUCAGGGGAGGGGUCUUGCAGGAUUCCUCAAAUUGGGAUAAACAGCGGGAACCCAAAGCUGUGGCAGAUCACUGGGGUGGAUCUGCCGUGGGGAGACAAAUC